AUGCUGGCGGCUGGGCCCGCCCCCCAGAAAGCCAGGCCUGGGUGGAGCCGCCGCCAUCCCGGGCCUAGGGCCAGGGGGCGCUGCGAUCCCAAGUUUCCCAUCCACCUACCCCCACCCCGCCCCCGCCCCCCAACAACCGCCCCCCCGCCCCGUCCGGGCUGGGGCGGGCUGGGGCGGGCAAGGGCGGGCGGCGGGGGCGGAGGCGCAGGCUGGGCGCAAAGGUUGGUGUCUUCGUGCACAGACCUCAGCCGGAGGGCCUGCGGCACCAUGACGGUGGGAGCCAGGCUCCGAAGCAAGGCGGCGAGCAGUCUCCCGCGCUGCAGGCCCCUCGCCCGGGGGCGAGGGCGGACGGAGGGGGACGAGGAGGCGGCUGCUAUCCUGGAACACCUGGAGAGCGGGGCCGAGGCGGCGGAGAGCGGGGCGAGCGCGCAGCGCCCGGGGACCCGGAGCGCGCGGAGGGUGCACCUCGCGGUCCUCCCCGAGCGCUACGAGCCGCUGGAGGAGCCGGCGCCGGGCGAGAAGCCCAAGAAGAGGUACCGGCAGAAGCUGAAGAAGUACGGCAAGAACGUUGGGAAGGUUAUCACCAAAGGAUGCCGCUACAUCGUGGUCGGCCUGCAGGGAUUCGCUGCUGCCUACUCCGCCCCGUUCGGAGUGGCCACCAGUGUGGUGUCGUUUGUCCGCUAGUGGGAGCUGCCUGGGCAGAUGCCACGGGAGUGACUGGAAGCCUCUGUUCCGGGAAGAGUGCGAAUCCAGGAGCAUCUCAGACUUGAACUCACAAAAUACUCUGAAGAAAGAAAAUGUCUUGGUUGAAUUGGAUGAGUGUUUCGGACGAGUCAUCCCCGUCCAGCUGCUGAGCUUUCCACAUGUCUGGGACACAGGUGGCCCUGGUGGACAAUCCCGCAGAGAAUUAGGCUGAGGUCAGGCUUGGGAUUAGGAUUAGUUCGCUAAAACCGGAGCUGCCCGUGAAGGGGGCAGGGGCUGGUGUGGAGACAAACACUUGACGGAAGUCCGCGCUCUGGGUGGGUAGCAGAGUGGUGAUCAGGGACACGGAUGGGGGAUUUGGAUCUGGAGUGAGCUGAUUUGCUCAAUUCUGGAAAGCUCACAGGCUGACAGGACUCCCAGCCCUUAGCUGCUUCGGUUCUGAGGACACCCAAGGAACUGUUUGUUCCUGAAGUCAUCCCCCCAUCUCCUUCCUGUACCCCUUUGCCACUAGGAGUUUUAAUUACAGGCUUGAGAAGAAGGAAGGAAGAAAAACCUCUUUGAAGGCUACGAUGCUUUGAAAACUGUGUUGACGAUGUGUCAUGACUGUUUCAAGUAGAUGAAGACUUGUCAC